AUGCUGGGCGCACUCGCGAGCCUGGGCGUGCUUCGGCCGGCCAAGGACAAGCUGAGUGCUGCGGAGCCUGCCGCAGAUGAGGUCAUUCCUUUCAACAGAGACCGCCGGCCGCCCAGGCAGCUGGCGACCUCGGAGCUCUGCGCGGCGGGGGAAAAGAUCUCGAGCCACUGCGAGCAGCUGCACUUCUGGCGAGGCCAGAGCCUGGAAAUGAGGCAGGAGCUCCAAGAGCAGCUGACGCGCUGGCCAGCCCGUUCGCGCGUGGAGCGCCGGGAUGAGCUGGUGGUGCGGCUCCGGCACCUGCGCCGGAUGCUGGCGGCACGGCAAGGAGGGCUCCGGAUGCUGCGCGCGCAGAGGGAGGAAGGAGAGCGGUGUGACUGGCCACUAGCCCGAGAACACGCCCUGCAGGCAUGCGCUGCCAGUGUGGCCUCAGAGCAGUGGUGGCAAGGUUUGCAGCGUGUCAAGGAGCAGCUGCAAUGCGCGAGACCAGCGAGCGCGUUGGCCAUGGAGGCUGAGCUGCGAAAAGCCUGGCUCAGGCUGCGGUGCCAGCAAAUGCGACAGCUGCAAGAGCUGUGGCUGGUGUACCCCCUGCAGCAGUGCACCUCGCACUGGACCAUCCGCGGCCUCGUUCUGCGCGGCACGGAGAGCUUGAAGCACCAAGAUCCCCGAGAGGAACAAGAGGUCAGCACGGCGCUUGGCUUUUUGGGGCACUUGCUGCUGACAGCUGCGAGGCUUUUGCAGGUUCCCCUGCAGCUGGAGAUCCGGCGCGCCGGGUCCUCCAGAAGCUGCCUGGUGGACCUCAACGAAAGCCCAGACGCCGCCCAGGCCACCUUCCUGAGCCGCAUGGGAGGCACGUCAAAGCGACCGGGUGAGUGGCCCCUGCACUAUGGGCGGCAAGUGGAGAGGCAGCACUUUGAGGAGGCCUUGCGGCUUCUGGAGGCAGGUGAGCGGGCGGCUUGGGCCAAUGCUCUCUGGGAGCAGCAGCAGCGCGCGGAGCGGUGCCACGAGCAGCUGGCGGCGAGGCGAAGUCAGCAGGCGGAAGCUCGGCAGCGGAAGAGCCAGGUGCUGCAGAGAGCAUCAGGCUUGUCGCAGGAGCUGAAGGAAGCAAUGGCAGGCGGAUCCGAUGUGGCGAAGCCUUCUGUGCCUCUCACUUUUCCUUGGCGUCCACUCCUCGGGCAUCCUUCGGCGGGUGGAAAGAUCCGUUGCGCGCCGUGGCAGAUGUCGAGGCCAGAUGGUGUGAUUGCUGCGGAGGCGCCAGAAGCACACAGGCCCGCGAACGAGUCUGUGGUGCUGCUGGGCAAAGUGCAUGACUGCCAUCACAGGCCACCAAGCUGCAAAUUCAAGAAAGAUCAUGGCAUCACGGGCAAGCGCAUUGCUGUCUACACUUAUGUGACAGGUGCUUACGAGGAGAUUCGCGAUUUCAACGUGCCUUGCGUGCCGUCCGGCGUCGAUGCGUUCUUCCUCAUCGAUGAGGCCACGAGGAAGGCAUCGAAGAGCUCGGUGCUGACCACUUGGCGUCGGCACGGCUGGUGGGUUCUGACCAUGCGGCCGCUGAUCGAGGGCACGACGCAAGUGCCGCUGCCGCGGCUGGCGGCGAAGUCCCUGAAGUUCACGCCCCCCAGCUGGAUGCUCAACGGCACCUGGGAUUGGCUCGUUGAAUUUGAUGGCGACAUUUCGAUGGACAUGUCGGCCAUCCGAACGCUGGUCGACAAAUAUCGGGACAAGCCUUUGCUGCUGCUCAAGUGGUAUUGGCGCGACGACUGCAGCGCAUGGGACUGUUUUAUCCAAGAGUGCACCGACAUGCUGAACAAGAGGAGGGAGUAUGUGCAGACAUCGUAUGACAACAUUGUGAAGUGGAAAGAUGAGCUGACAAAGCUCCACAACGAUCCCACCCGCCCCUUUCAGCCGGCGAACUACUACGAGCUGGGUGUCAUGUUCCGCAACCUCGCGCACCCCAAGUCGAAAGUGGUGGACGACACUUUCAGGCAGGUCUUGGACCGCUGCAAGAGCAUCCAGCGAGACCAGUUCCUGAUGCCCUUUUAUCUUUGGAACGCAUCGCUGGAUAAAGAUGUGGAGGCGCUUACGGUAGCAACAUUGUAUUCUCAGCUUCAAUACUGCAAGGUGGGCACGCGCCAAAAACGAAAUCUGCUGGCCGAAGGCCACAACCUGUCUGAGACGCAAUCCCAUGACUUUGAAGGUCAUACCCUCGCUCCCACCUUCCAAGAGCUUGAGAUGCUCGAUCCCCUCUGA